AUGACUGAUAAUUAUAAAUGUUGGCACGAGCAGUUGCCUUAUGCUUUAUUUGGAUACCGUACUAUGACCCAAACUUCAGCAGGAGCAACUCCAUACUUGCUGGUCUAUGGAACUGAAGCAGUCAUAUCUGCCGAAGUUGAGAUACCCUCUUUGAGAAUCAUUCAAGAAGCAGAAUUGGACAAUGUUGAAUGGGUCCGAGCUGGAUAUGAGAAAUUGGCUCUAAUUGACGAGAAAAGGAUGGUUGCCGUAUGUCACGGUCAACUGUACCGACAAAGGAUGGCAAGGGACAUCAACAAGCGAGUCAGAACUAGACUUUUCCAAAUUGGGCAAAUGGUGCUCAAAAGAAUUUUCCCACAUCAAGAUGAAUACAAAGGGAAGUUUGCUCCCAACUGGCAAGGCCCUUUUGUCGUCCGCAAAGUACUCUCUGGAGGAGCGGUAGUAUUGGUAGAAAUAGACCGACAAGAGUGGCCAAAGCCAAUCAAUUCAGAUGCAAUCAAGCGCUACUAUGCAUGA